AUGCCAAAAGAUUUGGUUAGUAAUAUACUCACAUUUCGUAUGGCUCCAAAUAAGCAAUUAAAUAUGGGCAUACCAUCUCCUAGACAAUCAUCAACAAAUAAUAUUGAUUCCAUUGUAAUUAAUAAAAAACAUUUUGCAAUUUUUGCAAAUUGGAUUAGCAGAAGACCGUGUAAAUUCAAACUUUUAUAUAGAGCUAGCAGAGAUGGUAAUAAAAGUACCGUAUUUCAUGAAAAAUGUGAUAAUAAGGGAGCUACUAUUGUUAUAGUAAAAAUUACAAAUUCGGAACAAAUAGUUGGAGGAUAUAAUCCACUUAAUUGGGAUUCAAGUAACUCAUGGAAGUUUACUUAUGAUAGCUUCUUAUUCUCAUUUACGGAUAGAAAUAAUUUUCACAGCGCGAAAGUAGGUUAUAGUUAUGGUGAUGCACACUCUAUAGGUUGUCAUUGUUAUGGCAAUUAUGGUCCAAUGUUUGGUUAUAGUGAUCGUGGAAAGGAUUUUAAUUUUUAUAGUAAUACUUGGUAUAGCGAUGUGAAUCAUUGUUAUCCUAAUGUAGAUAUACCAAAAAAGUUUAAAGCAGAUGAUUAUGAAGUUUUUCAAGUUAUUAAAAAUUAG